AUGGUCGGUGGUACAGAAGAUGUUUACUGCACGAUGGUAAUCACAGAUUCUUAUCUGGCAGGCGCAGCAGUACUUGCGCAUUCCCUUAGAGACAACGGUACCAAGAAGAAGCUGGCCGUACUCGUCACACCCGAUUCACUACGAGCAAGCACUCUCACCGAACUCAAGUCCUUGUACGACUAUGCUAUCCCCGUGGAGCGCAUCAGCAGCCCCAAUCUCGCAAACCUCCACCUCAUGAACCGCGGUGACCUGCGCGAUGCUUUCACCAAGAUCAACCUUUGGCGCCAAACGCAAUUCCGUAAGAUCGUCUACCUUGACGCCGACACAGUCGCUCUACGCGCGCCUGACGAACUCUUCGACAUUGAGGCAUCCUUUGCCGGCGCACCAGAUGUCGGCUGGCCCGAUGCUUUCAACACCGGAGUCAUGGUUCUCAAGCCACACAUGGGAGAUUACUGGGCAUUGAAGACCCUGGCUGCUACGGGCGACAGCUUUGACGGUGCUGAUCAAGGUCUGCUGAACCAGUACUUUGAGCACAAGAACUGGCACCGCCUGAGCUUCAUCUACAAUUGCACACCCAGCGCAAACUACCAGUAUGAACCCGCAUACCGUUACCACAAGUCGAGAAUUGCCAUGGUCCAUUUCAUUGGAAAGAACAAGCCUUGGACGGUAGCCAGAUCGCAGGGUGCAGCACCCGGAGCCUACAACGAGCUUCUGUAUCGCUGGUGGGCUGUCUACGACAGACACUUCAAAGAGCCAGUUGCUGAGUACACAUCGGGCCGCUAUUCGCCUGCAUCCUCCCCCAUCGCUGCCCCCGAGGCUUCCGUGCUUGCUGUAGAAGGUGAUCCUGCUGAGCAGAGAGAGCUCGGAGAAGAGUUCGGCCAAGGUCGCGCAGAGCCGACCCCAACUGCGGAGCAAAGAAGAUUCACGGCACCGCAGGCAGAGUGGGAUGCUACUCGUAUGGAGCCGCCUACCGACUCAAAGCCAGAAGCAGCAAACUUCCCCACCACGACUUAUGCCUUUAACCAAGACAAGGAUUUCUUCCGCCCUCCCAAGGCCUAUCCUGAGCCCCCCAAGGACAUGUGGUAUGAGGUACCCAAGACAAAGCCUGAUCCGGCUGCCAGACCCAAGCCCAUCUUCCCCUGGGAAGAGCGACAGGAUACGAGACCCACCAGAAAGUUUGUCGAGGAUGUCGACUCUCCCGACUCGGUGCCCCAGCCCGGAGUCACCAUUCCAUCUGCCGACUACACGUCUAGCCUCAACAACAGCCCGGCUACCCCUAUCAUCAAAAUCACAACCGAUGACCCAUGGCAAGACUACACCUCGAACGCUAAGAACGCAUGGGAUGACAUCGCCGGCAUUGACGCAUACAUCCGGAAGUUCAAUGACCAGCAAUUCAAGUCUCGUACCAACUCGACUCAGAUACAGUCUCCUUCGACAAACACUCAAUUCGAGCGCAGAGAAAGCCUGAUACUGACUGACUUCCCCACCGAGCUGGAACGUCCAAGUCUGCCUGUCACUCCAGCCCCCAUCCGCAGAACUAACUUCUGGGCAAAUGAAAGAAACAACAACGGACAGCUCCCCUCGGCUGAGGGUGUGCCCGAACAGGCUGACUGGGAUCCAACUGAGAAGCUCGAGGAGCUGAGACGCGGCUCCGUUACCAUGCCGCUUGAUCUGAAGAUGCCUGAGAAGAAGAUCCCUAGCCGAGCAAUGCCGUCGACCGCACCCGCUUUCUAUGAGAAGACUACCGCCACUUCCAGCACCCAGGGCAGCAACACCCAAGCCGGUCCUUCGUCUUCGCCCUCCGCCCCUAGUACCACACCUCAGUUCAACAACCCCGGUUUCUCCAACUCCAGCUCAAACUCCAAGGCAGAGGAUGUCCUGAGCCCUACCGAGCAUGGUUCGCGUCAAUUCUAG